GCAAGCGCUCAGCUAAAACACUCUACUACCCCGAAAGCGAUCGUGUUACACGAAUGACGUACGGACGGACGGAGGGACGGACACACGCCCGGACAGUUCUCUCGCUGGGCGUAAACGGUGAAUUCGACGUUCAGCUUCCCGCCCUCUGCGAACUGCCGGGCGUCGAAGAAGAGGCAGUCCCUGCUGGCGACGGCCGACUCGGUGCUCUCGUGGAGCGAGCGAGGCCUGUCCUUCCAGGUGGAAACGGUGAAUUCGACGUUCAGCUUCCCGCCCUCGGCGAACUGCCGGGCGUCGAAGAAGAGGCAGUCCCUGCUGGCGACGGCCGACUCGAUGCUCUCGUAGAGCGAGCGAGGCCUGUCCUUCCAGGCGUAAAUGGUGAAUUCGACGUUCAGCUUCCCGCCCUCGGCGAACUGCCGGGCGUCGAAGAAGAGGCAGUCCCUGCUGACGAUGGCCGACUCGAUGCUCUCGUGGAGCGAGUGAGGCCUGUCCUUCCAGGUGAGCGAGCGGACGCCGUCGCGAGUCACGUCAACCCGGUAGGUGAACCUGUCCGCCUCUCGGGGUUCGCCGAUGAGUUGCGCCAGCACGCAGCAACGCUUGCUCGCGUCCUCUUGCUCCCGCCAAAAGACGAGCAGGAAGUUGCGUCCCAAGCAGGACUGCACGCGCAGUCGCUUUCCGAACCAGGCGCCAGUGGCCCGACCCAUGGGCACUUUGUCCAGGGCAGGACGCAGGGAAACGGCCUGGUGAAGGAUAUGCAGGCGACAUCAUUUCGCAAUAUAAGUUUGCUGCUCGUCAAGAGGGCUACAAUGGCUUAA